AUGUGGGGGGCAGUCUCACGGACAUUACGCCCUCCUCUUCCUGAUUCUCGGAAGUUACGCUGGAUUCGCACAUUUCAAAUUUCAUAUUUCGACUUAUCGCGUCGUCAUUUUCACGUAUCCUGCGCGAUUCUGUCUGAAAAGCGCCGUAACUUUGUGGACAGCUCAGAAGCAGCAUUGACCCAGCAACUACAGGAUUAUCUGAAGCUCGCAGACGAUAAGGAGCAUGUGAUGUAUUCAAAUCGGCAACUUCCAGCUGUACAAGCAGAAAUUCCAAUAAAUGGCGUCAUUAUAAGCAUGCAGAAUGGGCUAGCACGCGUCUCAGGUCUGCGUCAUGCCACUAUUGGCAGUAUUGUAGACGUCACAGACAAGUCAGGUCGAUCGCUUAGCCAAGGACUUGUUCUUUUCAUGGAAAGGAAAAUAGUCCACGUGGCUUUACUCAGUACUAGCAGCAUACCUGUACGUACAGGUAUGGACGUGACGCUACAGCGUGAGCAGCUUGAGAUAUCCGGCAGUGUCGCGGCCUUUGCUGGUGCUGUCGUAAAUCCUUUGGGGCGACUUGUACAUUUUCAGGGAGAGGAAGAACAAAUACAAAAAUCAGCAAAUGAUCGGAUCAAAGUCACGUGGGGGGCACAGAGUGUACCUGGAGUCAUGGCACGGGCUCCACUGCGCACGCCGUUCGAGACAAGUCUGCUGGCUAUUGACUGCUUGCAUCCAAUGGCGUACGGACAUCGUUUUGGCGUGCUGGGACCGAAAAAAUCGGGCAAAACGCGUGUAGCUUUGGAGAUGAUUGCUCACCAAGUGGCCAGAGCUGAAAAGAUUGGAGAACAACCACCUCAGAUUAUAUAUGUAUGUGUCGGCAAGAGUACAUCGAGGAUUCAUCAGAUUCGGGAGGCGCUGCGGAUGACAGGAUCAUUGUCAUACACAACAAUCAUUGCAGCCAGCGACCAGGAUUCUCCUGUUUUGCAAUACUUGGCACCGUUCACUGGCUGUGCUGUGGGAGAGUAUCUUAUGUAUAAUGGCAAGUCACCGAGAAGUGUUGUCGUGUACGAUGACCUGGCGACACAUACGAUGGUAGUUGAAGGCUUGGUUCAGUCCUUGAAUCUACCACGUGCCGCUCACAUGGGCCUUAGUGCUCAUGCUGUAUUGAUGGAACGCUCGGCUCAGUUUAAAGGUGCAAUCAAGAUGACGGAUGGCCCAUCGCUUACGUCGAUCGUGCUUGUCGAUGCUCCUGAUAGCAUGGAGAUUCCAUCAGAGCUCCAAGAACGUGUUACAUCAUAUGUUGAUGACUGUGUCAAUCUUGAAUUAUCACUUGCGCGCAAUCGUAUUUUUCCACCUGUCAACGUGUUGGCACCAGGUGCAUCCGUGCGAGGUCCGCCAUUUCAAUCAGCUACACGCUGGACGUUUAUAAGCCGUCUGCGCGCAAGGAUAAACGCGGCUGCACAGGUGAAAGAGAAUGUUGAAGUUUCUCGUAAAUUGGGAUUUGAGAUUGAACCUGAGGAUGCUGAGACGCUCGAAUUUCUAGAGCUUGUUCAGCAAUUUUUUACUCAACGGCCUUCAUUGUCAAUAGCGACGCCAGAGUUGAAAGACACGAUGCCGUCAGAGCUAAAGAUUGAUCUCGGUGCCUUUUUUCUGACAUUUGUCGACGUAGCUCAACUUUUUGGUGGAACUAGCGCCGAGAAUUUCUCGUUCAACUUGUGGAAGUAUCUGCAAGAUAUUGUUGAUAUACUUUCUCGACAAGAGAAUGCAGAUAUUUUCCAUCAACUCACGACUCAUUCACGCACGAAAGCAUGGUCGCUUGAACUUCAAGAUAUUGUAGCUAUGGUGCUUAUUGAAGAACUUGAGGCCACCAAGCAGCGCCAAACGCAUACGUACAAAAAAGAGAAAGCUCAGCACCAGUAA